UUCACCAUGAGUGCUAUAAGUGGGGCCCUUAGGUCUCAUAAUGCUCCAACGCACCAGUCUUGUGUUCUGCAUCCGACACACAACAAACGACAGAAAACACGCACCUGGUACUGAUAAACCACAGUCCACAACAACGGGAUCGUGAGAAAGAUCUAUUGGCCAAUCCUCAGACGCAUCCCCGUCAUGCAUCGCUCUUCGGCGAAGGGACGCAUCCUCGACGCGCAAAAGCGCCGCGAGGCCAUGCAGAAACCUGCACCUGAUGCGCACGAACAGGGCACUAAUCAGGCAACGACACAUGAUGUGGUCCCUCCCGCUCAAGCCAAACAAGGCGCGGCAUCGCAGCUUGUCAACCAGUUGCAAGAACUCAAACUGAACGAAGGCUUCAAUUCCAUUCUUCCAGACCCAACCCCGGUCUUCCUCAAGCCCUCCGAUGUUCAACCUCGUCCUGGCGGCUUCCAACAUGCAGCUAUCCAUAGUAUGCUGCUCUCCAAACCUCUCUCCGGCGAGGCCCUCCAUGAAGAACUAGCCAAGAAGUUCCUCCCAUUGGUCAACGCGAUCAACGACAAUCUCUGGCUGGUCAGCUCUCGCGGGGACAUUGAGAAAGACCGCGUCCUGACUGACACUACAGGCCGUCUCAUGGCCGCCCAGGCUCUCGAGCGGUACUACUGCGGCGUGUACGAGACCACAUUCAACAUGGAUAGCGACAAAGUGCGUUCUGGACUCGCGGAAGUUACCGAGUGGAGCAAGACCGAUGCUGUUUCGGAAAAGUACUUCGAGCUCGUUGUCGAUGCUCUGAAUAGGCAGGCUACGAUGAAUGGCAUAGCUGCUCACAACAAAGAGGAACCCACGCAGAAACCUACUGCUCAUCCGCCUUCGAAGGCAACCGACGUGGCAAGGGACGUAGCUACCGCGUCGCAGCCUGUGCCUCCAGAUGAGCCGGUCAUCACACCUGAGAUCAUGUUGGAAAUUCACGCGGUUAAGCCCCUUCCAGUCGACGGCGAUGUCGCUUUCGCAGCCCAGAAGCAGCGCGAGGAUGCCUUCCUCAAUCUCUACGCUACUAUUCACCGCUCCAACGAGACACUAACCAAGGUCCACGGCGAGCAAGGCUACACAAGUAAGCACCUUAUCGACCUCGCGCAGCAAAUAGAAUCAAGCGCGCUCAACAUUGCCGCAAGCUCCCACUCCACCAACGAUAUAGCCUCCGCUAAGCUCGCACUAUACAAGGAGGAAGUCAAAGCCCGCAAGGAAGCCCUGCGCAGGCCCAAAACCCUACAGCAAACCAUGGAGGAUAUGAUCGCAGUCCGCGUCCAGGAGUACAUGGCCCACCAUGCCGUACAGCAUGAAGCAGCAGAGAAGAAGCUGCAGAAUGACAUUGAUGAGAUGAUCAAGAAGGACGAAGCCAAGCGGGAGGCUGCGAUCGCGAAGGACAAGGCUAGAAGGGCGGAAAACGUGAGGAAGCAUAAGGAAAAGUUGGCUGCUCGGCGCGCUGCUGAACAGACCAACAAGGUGGCGAAGGAUGAACUGUUGCAGGAGCAAACGUUCAAGCAACUGCUCCAAGGCGGCAAAGCACAUUGGGAUCGGAAGACACCAACGUAUCAUGCCAGCAGACGUAGCUUGUUGUAUUACAGCACCUCCGGCGCGCGUUCAUCUCAUCACGGUCCAGAUGCCGAAUCUCCUUCCUGUUUUCGCUAA